AUGUAUGUGAAGGAGGAAGAUACGGAUGUUCCCUUACUGAGGCAUGAUGCCCUCGAUGUUCCCUUACUGUGGCAUGAUGCCCUGGAUGUUCCCUUACUGGGGCAUGAUGCCCUGGAUGUUCCCUUACUGGGGCAUGAUGCUCUGGAUGUUCCCUUACUGGGGCAUGAUGCCCUCGAUGUUCCCUUACUGGGGCAUGAUGCCCUCGAUGUUCCCUUACUGGGGCAUGAUGCCCUCGAUGUUCCCUUACUGAGGCAUGAUGCCCUCGAUGUUCCCUUACUGGGGCAUGAUGCCCUCGAGGCUCCCUUACUGUGGCAUGAUGCCCUCGAUGUUCCCUUACUGGGGCAUGAUGCCCUCGAGGCUCCCUUACUGAGGCAUGCUGCCCUCGAUGUUCCCUUACUGGGGCAUGAUGCCCUCGAUGUUCCCUUACUGGGGCAUGAUGCCCUCGAUGUUCCCUUACUGUGGCAUGAUGCCCUGGAUGUUCCCUUACUGGGGCAUGAUGCCCUGGAUGUUCCCUUACUGGGGCAUGAUGCCCUCGAGGCUCCCUUACUGGGGCAUGAUGCCCUGGAUGUUCCCUUACUGUGGCAUGAUGCCCUGGAUGUUCCCUUACUGGGGCAUGAUGCCCUGGAUGUUCCCUUACUGGGGCAUGAUGCCCUCGAGGCUCCCUUACUGAGGCAUGAUGCCGUGGAUGUUCCCUUACUGGGGCAUGAUGCCCUGGAUGUUCCCUUACUGGGGCAUGAUGCCCUCGAUGUUCCCUUACUGGGGCAUGAUGCCCUCGAUGUUCCCUUACUGUGGCAUGAUGCCCUGGAUGUUCCCUUACUGGGGCAUGAUGCCCUCGAUGUUCCCUUACUGCAUGAUGCCCUCGAUGUUCCCUUACUGUGGCAUGAUGCCCUCGAUGUUCCCUUACUGGGGCAUGAUGCCCUCGAGGCUCCCUUACUGAGGCAUGAUGCCCUCGAUGUUCCCUUACUGUGGCAUGAUGCCCUGGAUGUUCCCUUACUGGGGCAUGAUGCCCUCGAUGUUCCCUUACUGAGGCAUGAUGCCCUCGAUGUUCCCUUACUGGGGCAUGAUGCCCUCGAUGUUCCCUUACUGGGGCAUGAUGCCCUCGAGGCUCCCUUACUGGGGCAUGAUGCCCUCGAUGUUCCCUUACUGGGGCAUGAUGCCCUGGAUGUUCCCUUACUGUGGCAUGAUGCCCUGGAUGUUCCCUUAAUGGGGCAUGAUGCCCUCGAUGUUCCCUUACUGAGGCAUGAUGCCCUCGAUGUUCCCUUACUGGGGCAUGAUGCCCUCGAUGUUCCCUUACUGGGGCAUGAUGCCCUCGAGGCUCCCUUACUGAGGCAUGAUGCCCUCGAUGUUCCCUUACUGGGGCAUGAUGCCCUGGAUGUUCCCUUACUGUGGCAUGAUGCCCUGGAUGUUCCCUUACUGGGGCAUGAUGCCCUGGAUGUUCCCUUACUGGGGCAUGAUGCCCUCGAGGCUCCCUUACUGAGGCAUGAUGCCCUCGAUGUUCCCUUACUGGGGCAUGAUGCCCUGGAUGUUCCCUUACUGUGGCAUGAUGCCCUCGAUGUUCCCUUACUGGGGCAUGAUGCCCUGGAUGUUCCCUUACUGGGGCAUGAUGCCCUCGAGGCUCCCUUACUGAGGCAUGAUGCCCUCGAUGUUCCCUUACUGGGGCAUGAUGCCCUCGAGGCUCCCUUACUGGGGCAUGAUGCCCUGGAUGUUCCCUUACUGGGGCAUGAUGCCCUCGAUGUUCCCUUACUGCAUGAUGCCCUCGAUGUUCCCUUACUGUGGCAUGAUGCCCUCGAUGUUCCCUUACUGGGGCAUGAUGCCCUCGAGGCUCCCUUACUGAGGCAUGAUGCCCUCGAUGUUCCCUUACUGUGGCAUGAUGCCCUGGAUGUUCCCUUACUGGGGCAUGAUGCCCUCGAUGUUCCCUUACUGAGGCAUGAUGCCCUCGAUGUUCCCUUACUGGGGCAUGAUGCCCUCGAUGUUCCCUUACUGGGGCAUGAUGCCCUCGAGGCUCCCUUACUGGGGCAUGAUGCCCUCGAUGUUCCCUUACUGGGGCAUGAUGCCCUCGAUGUUCCCUUACUGGGGCAUGAUGCCCUGGAUGUUCCCUUACUGUGGCAUGAUGCCCUGGAUGUUCCCUUACUGGGGCAUGAUGCCCUCGAUGUUCCCUUACUGGGGCAUGAUGCCCUCGAUGUUCCAUUACUGGGGCAUGAUGCCCUCGAUGUUCCCUUACUGGGGCAUGAUGCCCUGGAUGUUCCCUUACUGUGGCAUGAUGCCCUGGAUGUUCCCUUACUGGGGCAUGAUGCCCUGGAUGUUCCCUUACUGGGGCAUGAUGCCCUCGAGGCUCCCUUACUGAGGCAUGAUGCCCUCGAUGUUCCCUUACUGGGGCAUGAUGCCCUGGAUGUUCCCUUACUGUGGCAUGAUGCCCUCGAUGUUCCCUUACUGGGGCAUGAUGCCCUGGAUGUUCCCUUACUGGGGCAUGAUGCCCUCGAGGCUCCCUUACUGAGGCAUGAUGCCCUCGAUGUUCCCUUACUGGGGCAUGAUGCCCUCGAGGCUCCCUUACUGGGGCAUGAUGCCCUGGAUGUUCCCUUACUGGGGCAUGAUGCCCUCGAUGUUCCCUUACUGCAUGAUGCCCUCGAUGUUCCCUUACUGUGGCAUGAUGCCCUCGAUGUUCCCUUACUGGGGCAUGAUGCCCUCGAGGCUCCCUUACUGAGGCAUGAUGCCCUCGAUGUUCCCUUACUGUGGCAUGAUGCCCUGGAUGUUCCCUUACUGGGGCAUGAUGCCCUCGAUGUUCCCUUACUGAGGCAUGAUGCCCUCGAUGUUCCCUUACUGGGGCAUGAUGCCCUCGAUGUUCCCUUACUGGGGCAUGAUGCCCUCGAGGCUCCCUUACUGGGGCAUGAUGCCCUCGAUGUUCCCUUACUGGGGCAUGAUGCCCUGGAUGUUCCCUUACUGUGGCAUGAUGCCCUGGAUGUUCCCUUAAUGGGGCAUGAUGCCCUCGAUGUUCCCUUACUGAGGCAUGAUGCCCUCGAUGUUCCCUUACUGGGGCAUGAUGCCCUCGAUGUUCCCUUACUGGGGCAUGAUGCCCUCGAGGCUCCCUUACUGAGGCAUGAUGCCCUCGAUGUUCCCUUACUGGGGCAUGAUGCCCUGGAUGUUCCCUUACUGUGGCAUGAUGCCCUGGAUGUUCCCUUACUGGGGCAUGAUGCCCUGGAUGUUCCCUUACUGGGGCAUGAUGCCCUCGAGGCUCCCUUACUGAGGCAUGAUGCCCUCGAUGUUCCCUUACUGGGGCAUGAUGCCCUGGAUGUUCCCUUACUGUGGCAUGAUGCCCUCGAUGUUCCCUUACUGGGGCAUGAUGCCCUGGAUGUUCCCUUACUGGGGCAUGAUGCCCUCGAGGCUCCCUUACUGAGGCAUGAUGCCCUCGAUGUUCCCUUACUGGGGCAUGAUGCCCUCGAGGCUCCCUUACUGGGGCAUGAUGCCCUCGAGGUUCCCUAUUCUCUCACUCAAACACACAAUGUGACUUUUUCUCACAUUGCAGAUUGA